UGGUAUAGUGUCUUGAGUCACAGAGCUUUUGUGUGCCAAGGUGUGGCUGUUUCUAGCUCUCUGGUUCGACGGGAAACGAGUAAAUAUACACCUACGACUUUUAACCUUGUUAAACAGAAAAGCCUUUUUAAAAGCCAUUAUUUUUUGGCGAAGGGCGGUGGCAAAAUAAUGAAAGUAUUCCCUCUCAAACUGGAACUUAUUGAUUUCAAAUAGAAAUUGUCGAUAUUAUAACUGAUCCUUGCCCUCACCCUUUCCGUAACCUUUGCAACAAUUUAGAAACCCUGCCCCCAAUUUAAACACAGCCAGUCCUUCUCAGACAGCAGUAUCCUGAAGUAUUAUUGUGCUCCUUUUUUCCACUGACCAGCCUCUUGGUUUCAGCAGCUAAUGCUCCCAAAAGGUCUCUGCGCUGCUCUCAAGUUACUUUUGUUGUUUUCCUCCUGAGCAACUUUUUAAUCAGAUUUUUCUUUCUGUGAUGGAAGAUAGCCAAGAGAUUUUAAAGGCAGAAAAAGGUGGCAGCCAACAGGAUGGAAAUAGAAGUUCAAAAGAAAAGACUCCAAAAAGGAUCAUAUAUUUUGCAAGUGGUGAAACUCUGGAAGAAUUCAGCUCAGAAGAGGAAGACCAAGAGGAGGUCAUCCAUGAACCCUUUGACACUGCCAGUCUCUCUUGGGGUGCUUACCUGCAAUUUUGGGCACUUCAAGUUGCAGCAGUUUCUUUUUUUACCUGUGAAUUUCUUGGUGGGAAAUUAGCUACAUUAUUUGGACUUGAUCAACCCAAAUAUCAAUAUGCAAUAGACGAACACUACAGAGCUCAGAGAAUGGAAAGUGAAAGUGAUGAAGAUGGUGAAGAUGUGCUAGAGAUGGAGAGAGCUGUUCCACUGGAUGAAAAACAGCACCUGGAAAUGCAGAAUAUAGAAUAUGGGUCCCUUUGUAGCAAAAAUAUAUCCACAUUUUGUCAGAGAAACACAUUUGCAAAUGUCAUUGAAUGUGAAGAAGGUAGACUGGCAGAUCAAAAAUUUAACCCAGUCCCAGGAAAAUAAUAGCAGCGUUGUGAGUCACUGCAUUUCCCCUGCCAGCAAUGUCUGCUCAAUGGAGGAGGGGGGAAUUGUUAGGUACGUAGGAAGUGACGUCAGGAUGACUUUAAAACAGUGGUUCUCAAACUUUGUUUGAAGCUUAGUGAGGAUUGCUCAUUGAGAAGAUAAGCAAUAGCAGAUGAUCUUUCCUAAAAGACCAUAUCUCCUUACUACUGUCUGCAAAAUGUUGUGUAGCUGUUAAGACAUGUAAAUUUCUGGCAGGUGUCUAUUGUGUAGAGCAAGACAAUGAAAGCGAAUUUUAACAGCGUCAAAGCUUGAGUCUUAUGGGUGAUACAUCACUUCUUCACUUCAUUUCCAUUCUAUAAGGAGGAAUCAGAGUAAAGCAACAACCUGGCAUCCAUGGGAAUAACGUUUUACCUAGUGAGUGGUAUGAACUGUAUGUUAGGAAUGCCCUCUCACAUUCCAAGAGGGGAAGAAAUUCCCACAAGGCUCUUAAAUACAGUCAAGGCUAAACUACCAUAAUGCAGCGUAUGUUAACAGCAUCUGGUGUGAUAAUUUUCUGCCUUUUUAUACUUCAGUUCCACAGUAUUCAUAUUUUCUGUAGAGUUGGUCAAAGAUGUGUGUGGUACAGUGUUGCAGUGUGUGGUACAAUCACCUCUAGUCCUGGAUUUUAUUUAUUUAAAACAUUUAUAUCCUGCUUUAUCACCUCAGUCAGACUCAGGGCAACUAACAACAGAACACCAUGUUGCAAGGAUAUAAAACAACUGUCCAGUUUCCAAUAUUUUAAAAUGCACAGAUUAAAAACACAGAGCAUUUUUCAAAAUGCAGAUUACAGAUUAGAAACAGCACAGAAUUAAAAAGAAUUUAGGUACCUGCCGUAUUUUAUUCUUCAGCAUACUAUACCUCUCAAACAUUUAAGCAAUUGCGGAGGGGAUAUUCUGUCUUGGGUAGAGAUAGAAGAUUCCAGUGAUUUUACAUGAGGAGGUCAAGAUUCCUGGAUUUGUCCUAAUUCACACAGAUUUUGUAUUGUAAAAUUAAUUUUAGAUUGUAAACCUGAAAUAGAGUUCUUUGUAUAUUUGCAAAUAUACUUUCUGCAGUACCUAAAAA